AUUCUACAAAUGAUCAAGAAUAUUCGGACGAAAAUAAAUCAAACGCGAUCCCGAUGUCGUGAGGACGGGCCGCAACUGACAUUUCUCUUAUGAGAGGAAAAGUUGAAGGCUACAAUUCCCGGAUAAGUGCAGUAACUAAUGAUCACUGUGCGAGUGGACGUCAAAUGAUUUUUUAUCAAUUUUGUUUGCUUACGAGAAUUCUACAGUGAGAAACAGUGGAAGCUCUGGUCGGCCAUGAAAACGCCUGUAAUCAUCUCUGAAAUCUCGUCACAGUAUCUGUCACAUUAAGGCAGGUAUCUCGGCUAUUCAAACCGAGCGCACAGAAGAUUUUUCGAAAAACAGUUGUUUAGGUUUUUCGGCAUGAGGUUGCAGUGAAAAGCGAAUAAUCGCCGUGUCGAUUUGUCAAAUUAUCCGAUACGACAAUCAAGAUAAUGCGUUGCAGGAGAGGACUCAAGCUGCACUUAAAAUUGUUCUCAAAAUCUCGCUCGCGUCAGGUUUCAUUCGCGCGGCGAUUAUGAUCUGCGACUGUCGCGAAAGUUAAGACUAAGAGAUAAACGGCCACCAUCGUUUAUCUGUGUGAAGGAGAAAAAACAAGGAACAGACAAGAAAAGAACUAUAAACAUAUGUGGCACACUAGCGCAACAAAAACAAUUGCGUUCGCGAGAUUCUUGACUGUUCAGUGGCUCGCUACUUGUUACGCUCGGGUCGUCGCGUGUAAGCAAAGUGUGCUCGGCUGAAAGUGCACAAGUAAGCACAAUUGUACUGCGUUAGUUCGUUUCCGGCGUACGAUAUCUAGAACAACAUGACGGACUCUCAUCGUUGAAUGACGAUAACGCGAUUCGACGUGCCGAACGAUAUCGAAAGCAGACGAAGAAUAUGUUGCAUUGUAGCGAGCUGUCACUCUCGGAGGAGUAUCAGAGUUUUCGCAGUUCUGUACCCCUCAGAAGAAUCGUUCUCGACACGGACGACUUGAAGGGAUGGAAAGUGUACGAUUCCAAUCAGAAAAAUAUCAAGUGCCCUCUCAUAUGUCUUCCACCGGUCAGUGGUACUGCUGACAUCUUUUUCAGGCAGAUAUUAGGUCUGACCGCUAAAGGUUACAGAGUUAUAUCGGCUGAGGCACCAAUAUACUGGAGUGUGAAGGAUUGGUGCGAUGGAUUCAGAAAGCUAUUGGAUUAUUUGAAACUUGACAAAGUCCAUCUUUUUGGCGCUUCAUUAGGUGGUUUCCUGGCACAGAAAUUUACAGAGAUAAAUGCGCACUGCCCUAGAGUGAUGUCUCUGAUUUUGUGUAAUACUUUCACAGACACAUCAGUUUUUAGUUAUAAUGAUUCUGCAUCAAUAUUUUGGAUGUUACCAUCUGUGGUAUUGAAGAAAAUGAUAAUGAGCAAUUUUACAACAGAAAAGGCUGAUAGAGAAAUUAUAGAUGCAGUCGAUUUUAUGGUGGAAAGACUGGAGAGUUUAUCGCAAUCAGAAUUGGCUUCCCGUUUAACAAUGAACAGCGUAAACAAUUAUGUACAACCUCAAAAGAUAUGCCAUUUACCUGUGACAAUAAUAGAUGUUUUUGACGAUUACGCCUUAACAAACACAGUCCGAGAGGAGAUGUAUAAAUGUUAUCCAGAUGCAAAACUAGCGCACUUAAAGAAUGGAGGAAAUUUUCCAUAUCUGAGUCGAGCUGCUGAUGUUAAUUUACAUUUGCAGGUUCAUCUAAGACAAUUCGAGAGCACAGAAUACGCAGCUUCGAAAUCGACCGAUAGUUAGCGAAAUAUGUCAAUGUUAGGUAAAAUUAAAUAUUAAUUAAAUCCUAAUACGCGUGAUCUCUAUUUAAUUUAAUAACGUUGUUAUUUCCAUAAUAAUCUUUCCAUAUGAAGUUUGAGUGUUUCUGUGAAAAUAAUGAUAAAAAAUGAAUGAAGAUUUCUAAAAGAGUUCAAAUUCCUACUACAAAAAUAAAAUAACACGAAUAAAAGUACAUUCUCGUGUCAGAAAUGUAUGUUAUAAUUAAACAAAGAUGUUCUCUGUUAAUCAUAUGCGUGUUAGAAACACGAUAAAAGCUUGCGCCUUUUAUAUUGACUCGAGUUUGUGAUUAUUUGAAUUGUAUUUAUAUAACAUUUAUCGCAAUUAUAGUAUUGAGAUUGAUAAAUAUACUAUUGAAAGGUAGAAAUUAUAUAGCGCUGUUACUUAAUAUAUUGUAAAACAUAUUUUAGCUUUUUUCUAUAUAUAAACACUUAUAUUUUCUUAUAUUUACAUUUUUGUCCGUAAGAGAGACGUGUAUCCUGUUAAUUAUAUAUCCGUUACCACAAGCUCGAGUACUUGAAUAAUUCAUGAUGUGUCGAUAUUAAUAAAAGUGAGGAAUAUACUUUUAUACCGAA